GGUAUCCAUCCUCUCAGGUAAAAGUAUCAGCAGCUGACCAGCAUCCGCGACGAGCAAAAGCGCAGAAUAGGGAUGGGCGUCACGAAGCAAAUCCUCACGGCCGGUCAGGGCCCCAAGCCCGUCAAAGGCCAAACCGUCACCGUCCACUGCACCGGCUUUGGAAAGGAUGGCGAUCUCUCGAAAAAGUUUUGGAGCACAAAAGAUCCUGGGCAGAAGCCAUUCACUUUUAAAAUUGGUCUGGGUUCAGUCAUAAAAGGAUGGGAUGAGGGUGUGAUGGACAUGCAAGUUGGUGAAGUUGCUCGCCUUCAGUGCACUCCAGAUUAUGCUUAUGGAGCUAAUGGAUUUCCAGCAUGGGGAAUUCAACCCAACUCGGUCCUAGUUUUUGAGAUUGAAGUCCUCGGUAUGCAGUAACUGUACAAAUUCGUGGAGCCUGUAGAACCACCAAGUCUGUGUCGAUGGAAAAACUCAGUUGUCUGCAAAAGUUAGUAUGAUACCAUAAUGUUUUAAUGGAUCAGUAUCCUAUCUUAGCAAACUGUUCAGGAGAAGGGUGCAUUUGGUGACACUGUGGGACUAAUCUAUUAUAAAACUAGUAUAAUAAGGGAUUUGUGAAUUUAUGGCUUCUGUGAUCUCAUAAAGUAGCAGGCUUAUUUAAUCUCAUUUCUGAACAAAAGUGAUGAUGCUAAGCCUCUUUAACUUAUGGUUCUCUACUCAUGACCUUCUUCUGGAUGGAGAUAGAUUUGCAAGCUAUUGGUACUUGAUAAUAGAAGAUUGCUGUAGUCAGAAUAAAAGUUUCCUUAUUAA